AUGGCAUGGGCAUCAGACACUUUCGACUUACUGGACGACUCGAUCCUGUCGCUGAUUGACCCUCCUGCCAACUUCUACGAGUUCGGCACUCUUUCCGACGGGCCACCUCCGUCUUGUCUACCGGCUUUGUCCCAUCCAUCUUCUGCAAUUGACCAAAGUUCUCUCUGGUCAACUCCCCAAAUCAGCACGUGUAUCCUCUCUCGCGAAUCUCCCGACAUCACCAAUAAGUCUAAUACCGAUACUUCAUCCAACUUGCAAGAGAGUUCCCAAUUGAUGGGACGUUCAAGCUCACCACAGGGAGACCUCCGCCGAUAUAUGGGUCACUCGUUCUGGGCCCUCGCAGCGAAUCAAACGGUUGCUCGCGAUUUAUCCCCGCAGGCGGAACAGCUCCGGUGCCCGACUCAGCAAAACUACGACCGGAACUUGGGGGAAUGGACUCGGAUGCUGCAAAGCCUGCCCCCAAAGAAAGUAUGCGACGUGCUUCUAGAAUCGUUCCUACUCAGCGUGAAGCCGUUACUGCCGUUGGUUCAUGCCCCUACACUGCUUCAUGACUAUGAGGCAUUUUGGGAACAGGCCGCCUCGCAGACCCGUGUCAAUCAGGAAAGUAAGAAUGGCUCCUUUGUGAGUUUGCUAUGGUCGGUUUUGUACUGCGGAAUGGUUGCUGCUUCGCCAUCCCUUUUAGCAGAGAGUGGCAUUCAAAUGCGGGACUCUUGCGUGUUCAUUAAACAACUGAGAUUGAUGUUGGAACGGACUUUGGCCCUAAGCCAUUAUGCAGAGCUGCCCACACUAAAUGGAUUUAUUGCGGUCUUAUUGGCCUGGGAGUGUGAUCCCAUUGCAAAUGAUAUCCUGGCAGCCCCCGCCUUCGUGUCUCAGGCGAUGCAAGUAGCGCGCACUCUGGGCCUGCACCACGAAGAAUCCGUUAUGGCUCGUGGGGAAGUUGAAGCGGAGCUUGCCCGUCGUGUUUGGUACCAUGUCGUCUUCCUCGAGCUAUAUGCUUGCGUCGCAUCUGGAAGUGUGUUGUCAUAUGGUACCCAGGAAAGUUCCUACAAUACACAAUUACCCCAACCACUGCAUGAUUCGCUUUUGGACUCUGAACGACGCACCCGAAUUGAUGCACCCUCAGCGCAACGGACAUCAACAGCCGUGCUGAUGGUCGUCGGUCGCUGUCGGAUGACACGCACUCUGCGAUGUAUAAUGGAGUUGGGCUACAAAACACAGCCAUUGAGAAACCAGGAAUGCGAAAUCCUGGAAACACUAAUCCGUCAGUUUGAAUUUGCGAUUGACGGCCUCAUAAACCAAAUUGUUGUUCAUGGAAUGCCAGAACAGGGAUAUUUAUCUAGUCAACUAUUACGUGUGAAUCACCAAAGCCAUCCACAUUACUACGAUGAUACCACUCACGAGGCAACUGUAUUGAAUGCAUACGCUCGCAUCCAGUUGGAUAUGAUGAAGCAGUAUGUGCGAAUCUUUUUCAAUCGCCAUGUCCUGGCUGGAUCACCUGGAUUAUCGACUGUUUGGGACGACCAAAUCAUAGCUUGUCGCCAGUUUCUCAAAAACUACGUCAAUCUAGCCCGACUACCGGCAUUCUCCCCAUACUGGUGGCUAUGCCCUGGCAAACUGCAGCCCCUGCAUGAAUGUCUCAUAGCCAUAACCUGCAUGAAGGAACGCCCCCAGAAUCCCGACACUCAAAUUCUUUUAUAUCUGCUGAGUGAAAUCUUUGAGAUUUUCAAAAGCACCGAAGCCCGUGACGACAGCCUGCUAUCUCAAUCAUUCCGUCGAUAUGAGGCGCCCUGGCAAAAGCUCCAGCAGCGACUGGACGAAACUACCAGCGCAUAUUCCCUCAAUGCAACGUCCCGCUCUCUGGAGCCUCCUCUCCAGGAAAAUGACGACCAGCCCAUGUGGCAAGGAGCAUCAUUGUCGGGAAAUGAAAAGCGCCUACGACCCCCCGAUCUCGCCGCUAUAACGGAGCGAGCCGCAGAGCCACUGCCCGACGAAUUCCAGAUUCCUGUCCCCUUACACUCCCAUCAGUCCACACCAUCUUUCGCCCGUUCUUCAUGCACCAAGCGUCGAAAACCAAGCAGGUCCUGCUCCACUAGCAGCCUCGCACCCCCACAGACAGAUAUGGGCGCAGGCUGGCCACGCGGCGAGUGGAGUGAUCCGAAUAGGAGUGCUAGAACAGUCCCACUCAGUCCGCGAUCGUCAAUGACAAAUUGCGGUGGGGGCGAUUUUUCAAACAGUGCUCUUAUGCAAAUCACGCCGCUUGAUGAGUGGGAGAAAAGGAAGCCUCCGAGGGCGGAUGAUGUGUUGCAUGAACUUCCAACCGAUUGGGCCGAUCUCUUUAAUACAUAG